CCUCAGCCCGCUCAGAACAGAUCAGGUGGGCUCUAGUACCGCCCACCGUGAUGACUUUUCCCCUUUUCCCGCCUUUUCCCCGCCCUUCCCCAGCCCUAAACUGAAGAGGCGGGAUGCGACUCCGCCUCUUGUGCCAUGACCCCGCCCCACGCCUGCUUGGGCCUGCCGGGGACACGCGCUCCUCCCCUUGCCACCCAGCUGGAGAGGUUCCGCCCCCACGCCGGGGAGCUGGGCUCCCUGGCCGGGGUCGGCCAGAAAAGGGGCUGCAGCAGCCACUGCGGCCUUAGCCUCCUGGUAUUGUGGCUGCGGGAGGUAGCAGCUGCACCGACGCCAUGGAUGCCGAGGCGACUCAGCAGCUGCGGGGUCCAGCCACCAAAGCAGAGGAGCCGGGCCCGAGCGUCAGCCGGCCUCGGGGUCUCUUCCUGGCAGCCUUCGCUGCCACCUUGGGCGCUCUCAGCUUUGGCUUCGUUCUGGGCUACAGCUCGCCGGCCAUCCCGAGCCUGCGGCGGGUCGGACCUGUGAACCUCCAACUGGACAAGGACCAGGCCUCCUGGUUCGGGUCCCUGGUAACUGUUGGGGGUACUGCAGGAGGUAUAGUAGGUGGCUUGUUGUUAGACAAGGCUGGAAGGAAACUGUCCCUGAUGCUCAGCACAGUGCCCUUUGUUGGUGGCUUCGCCCUGAUAAUUGGGUCCCAGAACAUAUGGAUGCUGUAUGGAGGUCGAAUUCUGAAUGGCCUGGCAGGCGGGAUUGUUUCUCUUGUUGUCCCAGUGUAUGUAGCUGAAAUAUCUUACCCAGAAAUCCGAGGACGGCUUGGCUCUUGUGGGCAGGUGAUGCUUGCCAUGGGGAUCUUUGGAGCAUAUGCUGCAGGACUGGGCCUAGAGUGGUGCUGGCUCGCUGUGCUGGGCUGUGUCCCACCUUUUUUCUUGCUGCUGCUCAUGUGCUUCAUGCCUGAAACUCCAAGGUUUCUGAUGAUUAAGCAUAAGCAGAAAGAAGCAAAGGCUGCAAUGAAAUUUCUGUGGGGGAUAGACCAUGAACAGGAAGUAGAAGAGAAGAAAUACAAUCAUGAGGAUCAGGGAUUUCAUCUGGCAAAGUUGAAGAAUCCAGCGAUUUACAAGCCAUUUCUCAUUGGUGUGAUGCUGAUGUUUUUCCAGCAAUUCUCAGGGAUCAAUGCAAUGAUGUUUUAUGCAGAGACAAUUUUUGAACAAGCCAACUUUAAGGACAGUAGCCUUGCCUCAGUCAUUGUGGGGGUCUUGCAGGUGGUCUUUACUGCCAUAGUUGCCCUUCUCGUGGACAAAGCCGGCCGGAAACUACUCCUGGUGAUAUCAGGUACUACCAUGUCCCUGAGCUGCAUAAUACUUGGUGUCUACUUUAAAAUUUCUCUUCCAAGUCUUAACAACUCUUCAAAUUCUGACCUCACAUACUUGAAUCCAGAGUCUGUACAAACCAGCUCUGGACUGCCAUGGCUAGCGGUAUUUAGCGUGGGAUUCUUCCUCGCAGGUUUUUCUCUAGGUUGGGGUCCCAUCCCCUGGCUGCUGAUGUCAGAAAUAUUUCCCCUCCAAGUCAAGGGGCUGGGCAGUGGCGUUUGUGUGUUUUCUGGCUGGAUGAUGGCCUUUCUGGUGACAAAAGAAUUCAGCAAUCUCAUGGAUAUUCUGACUCCAUAUGGAACUUUCUGGCUUUUCUCUGCCUUCUGUAUCCUCAAUAUCGUUUUCACAUUACUCUGUGUACCUGAAACAAAAGGAAAGACUUUGGAGCAAAUUGAAGCUCAUUUUCAAGGAAGAUGAUGGCAAUCUUCUGAUUCUGUGUCCUUGCCAAGCAAGGGAAAACUGAUCCUAAUGAAAGAAUGGUGAUUUGAAAAUGGAAUUCUUCUGUAUCUUCCAGGAAGCAUAAUCUCUCUCCAGAACUCUCAAGCCUUAGAUGGAACUGAAAGAACCAAUACAGAAUACAUGUAAAAACAAGUUUUUAAUUGCUGUUAAAUCUAGUCAGGUAUUUUUUUUUAACAAAUCAUCUCCACAGUGCCCCAAAUGCUCUCAUUUUUGAGCAAGUUUUAGCCCAGUUAUAUGGGAUGGGUCUAUUCCCAUUUAAUUCCAGGUUAAAUUGGCAGGAAGGGGAUUAAAAAAAACCCUACAGGAAUCUUAAAACCUCAGCACUGGUCUCUUUCAUACAUGUAUUUUACCUUUGAAAAAAGAAAGCAAUGAAACUCAAUUAUUACAUCCAUCAUCCUUUUUCAGACUAUCAAAGAUAUUUAGAAAUUGAUUUCUGUCCAAAUAAUUUUUAUCUUUGACAAUAAUCUAAUGAAGAACUGUGUUUUCCUCAAAUAAAAAUUUUAUUCUAAAAAUCAA